GCCCGUGGGGGCCGAGCCACGGGGCUUUCCCGGCCGCGCCCUUCCCGCCCGGCCGGCUUCUCCCCGGCACGGUCCUGCGCGGGCCGCGUGGGGCGGAGGACGAUCUAAGAAAGUAAUUUUGUACCUCAUGAAAUGAUGGCCCUUGUAAGGAUGCCAAAGAAGGACUGGUAUGACAUUCUGGGUGCAAAGCCAUCAGACUGCCUGACGGAACUGAAACGGAAAUAUCAAAAACUGGUAUUAUUAUAUCAUCCAGAUAAACAGAGCGCAGAUGUGCCAGCAGGAGAAGUGGAGGAGCGUGUGCAGAGGUUCAUCGAAAUUGAUCAAGCGUGGAAAAUUCUAGGGAAUGAAGAGACAAAAAAAGAGUAUGACCUGCAGCGGCGUGAAGAUGAUCUCACACAGGAGUGGCCACUGGAUGCUCAAAUAUAUCUUGAAGACAUGUCCUGGAAUAAUGAUGAACAAUGCUAUACUUUCUUAUGUCGGUGUGGUGGGAAAUACACUAUCUCCAAGAAUGAAACUGAAGAGGUUUCCCUGGUUUGCUGUGACACAUGUUCACUAAUAAUAGAGAUCCUUCGCUGAAUAAGCAACUGCUUCACUCAAGCACAAUGAAAAUGAGUUUCAUCCAGCCAAAUAUUCCUUGACACAUUUAUUAUUCUGUCCACUGAAAAGGUGUGCCCUGUAAGUACCAGCUUAGUCUCAGAUCCAAGAAACCCUUUUUUUUUUUAAAGUUAUGAGCUAUUUUUAAAGAGCUAUUAAUGCUUCUAGUAAAUAAUAAUAAUAAAAUCCUUCUCUACUCUUAAUCUAACAUGAACUAUCAAGUGUGGGAAAAUGGUGCUAGUUUUCAUUGAUUUGAAAACCUUAUUUACUUAGCACAACCAUGAGUGCUCUUAACUUUUAAUUAACUAAGGUUCCAUCUUCUAAUCUAGAUGACAUGCUUUCCUCAACUAACAGUUGAGGAGCAUUUCCUCUCAACCUAAGACCAUAUGAACUGCAGCUGGGGCACUACCAUCAAAGACGUUAAAUCCCAUGUAAUAGCCCAGAAAAACAAGUUACUCUGCAAUCAAUUAACAUGAGAUGUGAUCUUCUGAAACAGAACUAUUAGAAUCUGAAUAUGUCUAAAGAUAGAAUUCUCAGAAAGCAACAUGCAAUGUGCUAAUAACCAUAAGUCACUAUAUACUGGUGCCCUGUAAGAUUGUUUAAUUAUUGAAGUUUUUCAUAAAUUGCAUAUUGUAUGUCCAACUACCUGCUAGUUAGUGUUGCUAGUGGUUCUGCUUCAAGGUUUUACAUGGUGAUAGGUAACAUGUCAACCAGUGUUUUGUUCUAAAGUCACUUAUACUUUAAGUUUUAACAUUUCCAAUUGUUUUAUGAAUGGAACAUUUAAGAUCCACAUUUUUCUCUUUUGUAUGUAUAUGAGGACUCACUACGAAUGGUCAGCUGAAUAAGCAAAGCAUUUAUUUCCAUUGGUGACUCCAGUGCACUUCUUUGUACACUUUAAUAAAAUGGGACUACGGUCAGAAAAACUUUGAUAUAAAUCAUUCUCACACAAUGUUUUUAUAUUUAUUGUAAAUAAGACGUUUAUUUGAAUUUGUAGAAAAAGUUAGUUAGCAGAAUUCACAUAGCUGUCUUAAUCAUCAAUAAAUCUAUGGCCAUUGGGGCUAGCACGUAGAAAUCCAAAAUCAUUCAGAGGCCAUAUCUGUAAAAUAAAAUGUUAAAAAUUAAAUAAAUCAUUACAGCUCUUUAA